GUACAGUUGAGAGUAAAGCAUACAUUUACUACGAGUUUACAGUUUCCAAUAAUGUUCUACAAAUGAAUGUUAUAAACAGCAAUUAUGCUCCAAACAACUUGAAAUUUGAAGAAAUCAAGAUAUUGGGAGCGCUCCAGGAAAUAACGGCAGUUACUGUAUCUCAGAACAAUGUUGUGAAAAAUGCUCUACUUAAUAUCACCUAUUAUCCUCUAGAAAAGGUUGCUCAUAUAACAGGACUUCAGCUUGAACUGGGAAAAUCUUACACAGUAAAAUGGACUCAAAAGCUGAGUGUCAAUGAAAGGUUUAAUUGUUAUCCCAGUCCCAAUCCAACACAAGAAAAAUGUGAACAACUUGGCUGUGUUUGGGAACAAGUAACAUCAAACUCAGAUAUUCCACCCUGCUAUUACAGCUCCGACAAUGCUUACUCUGUAGACAAAGUAGAAUACACCUCAUCAGGUUUGGCAGCCAACCUCAUUUUAAACAGUGCUAAGACCAGAGCUAAUGAGAAUUUCACUACACCAAUUAGUACACUACGCCUGGAGGUGAAAUAUCAUCUCAACCACAUGCUGCAAUUUAAGAUUUAUGAUUAUCAAAACGCACGAUAUGAGGUUCCGGUACCACUGAAUCUCCCGAGCUCCCCAAUGAGCAUGGCCAAGGAAAGACUGUAUGAAGUAUCAGUUCAGAAAAAACCAUUUGGUAUACAGGUUUGGCGCAAAAGCACAGGAACAACCAUCUGGGAUUCACAGCUGCCCACCUUCACGUUCAGCGACAUGUUCAUUCAGAUUUCUACCCGCUUAGCAUCCCAGUAUUUAUAUGGAUUUGGAGAAACUGAGCACACCAUGUUUCGACGUAACAUGAGCUGGCACACCUGGGGAAUGUUCACAAGGGAUCAGCCUCCUACUUACAAGUUGAAUUCCUACGGUUAUCAGCCAUUUUACAUGGCUCUUGAAGAAGACGGCAAUGCCCAUGGAGUUCUCUUGCUUAACAGCAAUGCAAUGGAUGUGACGUUCCAGCCAACCCCUGCCCUGACGUACCGCACCACUGGAGGAAUUCUCGACUUCUACAUGGUUUUGGGCCCAACACCAGAACUUGUUGUUCAGGAGUACACUGCACUGAUUGGACGACCUGUCAUGCCACCGUACUGGUCUUUGGGAUUCCAGUUGUGCCGCUAUGGAUACAAGAAUGACUCGGAAAUUGCCCAGCUAGUGGAGGACAUGAAGGCAGCUGGGAUUCCCUAUGAUGUCCAAUAUGUAGAUAUCGACCAUAUGGAAAGGCAACUGGACUUCACCAUUAGCACAAGCUUUGCUGGAUUACCAGCUCUGAUUAACAGAAUAAAAGAAGAAGGAAUGAGAUUUAUCAUUAUCCUGGAUCCAGCCAUCUCUGGAAAUGAAACCAAUUAUCCUACCUUCUCAAGAGGUGUGCAGGACGAUGUCUUCAUAAAAUGGCCCAAUACCAAUGACAUUAUAUAUUCCAAGGUCUGGCCAUUUCUUCCCAACGUGCAAGUCAACGAGUCACUGCCUGAGCAAACCCAAAUACAGAUCUACGGAGCACAUGCUGCUUUCCCAGACUUCUUCCGCAAUUCCACAAGGGGGUGGUGGAAGAGAGAAAUCCUGGAGUUCUACAACAAUUCCACCAACCCCUCAAGAAGCGUCAAGUUUGAUGGCCUGUGGAUUGACAUGAAUGAACCAGCAGCUUUUCUGAAUGGUGCCAUUGAUGGCUGUAGAAAUGACCUCCUAAAUAUGCCACCAUAUAUACCUCAUUUGGGAUACCGGUCAGAUGGAUUAACUGUCAAAACUCCAUGCAUGGAAGGUCAACAAUAUCUUCCAGACGGUACCCCUGUUAGACACUACGAUGUCCACAGUCUUUAUGGAUGGUCACAAACAAAACCUACACUAGAUGGUUUGCAGAGUGCCACCAAGGAGCGUGGGAUUGUUAUCACCCGUUCCACAUAUCCCAGUAGCGGAAGAUGGGCAGGACACUGGCUUGGUGAUAACACUGCAGCUUGGGAUCAGCUAGCUAAAUCUGUUAUUGGUAUGAUGGAGUUCAGUCUCUUUGGAAUAUCUUAUACAGGGGCUGAUAUCUGCGGCUUCUUCAAAGACUCAGAGUAUCAGCUGUGUCUUCGCUGGACGCAACUGGGUGCGUUUUACCCAUACUCACGGAAUCACAAUGUGAAAGGAGCAAGGAGGCAAGAUCCUGUUUCCUGGAACUCAACAUUUGAGGAGAUUUCCCGGAACGUGCUGAAUAUAAGAUACACCCUGUUACCCUAUCUCUACACAUUAAUGUAUGACGCUCAUGCCCAUGGCAGCACUGUGAUCCGCCCCAUAUUCCAUGAGUUUGUGGAAGACAGAACAACCUGGGAAAUAUAUGAGCAGUUCCUUUGGGGACCUGCACUGCUCAUCAGCCCUGUGAUGCAACAGAAUGCUGUAACAGUGAAUGCUUACUUACCCAAUGCCCGCUGGUAUGAUUACUACACAAAUGAAGAGAUUGGUUUUAGGGGACAAUUCAAACUUUUACCAGCUCCUUUGGAACAUAUAAACCUGCAUAUUCGAGGUGGAUACAUCCUUGCUUGGCAAAGACCUGCUAAUACAACUUUUUACAGCCGAAAAAACCCGAUGGGACUCACUGUUGCUUUGAAUGACACGCUGUUUGCAGAGGGACAGCUUUAUUGGGAUGACGGGGUUCACAUUGACGCAUAUGAAGAUGGUGUGUAUCUCCUAAUAUCGUUUACUGCUGAUCGGAAUGUUUUAAAUAUCAGGGUUUUGCAUCACGGUUACACUGAUCCAAACAACUUAAUGUUUACUGAAAUCAGAGUCCUGGGGGUGCCCACCAGUGUUAAGCAGGUGACCGUAUCGCAGAAUGGCAAACAGAACGGCGCAGAACAGACAAUUGCAUUGUCUCACACCAUGGACUACAAUGAUGCCAAGAAGCUCCUGACAAUCACCAGGCUUCAACUUGAAUUGGGCAAAGACUACACUGUGCAAUGGAGCUAA